AUGUCUCGGCGCGGCGCCGAGGCACAGAGCCGCUGCGAUGCAGCGGCGGCAAGGCACGGCGGCGAAAGCACCAUCGCCGGGCAGUCUCGGGGUGGCGUGGAGGGCCACUCGAGCUCUGCCGGCGGUGCGGCCGCCGCUCACGGGCACGCGACGCGAGGAGGCGUCGCCGAGGGCGUCGACGAGGCGCUCGACGAGGCGCGGCCGCGGGCCGGGUCCUCUCGGAGCCGCGGAGGCGCCGCUGCAGGCGGCGGCGGCGAGAGCGAGGUCAGCAGGCAGAGCGGCUGUGGCGGUGAGGGCCAUGCGGGCUCUGCUGCCGGCUCGCUCGCCUCUCUCGAGGACGCGACGGCCGGGACAGCCGUCGCUGCAGCCGGCGGCACCGCGCCGCCUGACAAGCCGCGUCCGUGGACAGCGGCGAGCACCCGCUGCUGGGCGAGAGCAGCGGCUCAAGUCGGCGUCGAUGGCGCCGUCGCCGCAAGGCGUGAUCGAGAUCGCUUUGGCGGAGGCGCGAGCGACGCGGUGCACGACGAGGGGGCGGGCCUCGUCUCGGUGGGCGGCGGCGGGCCGCCUGGCAUGUCUCGGCUCGGCGCCGAGGCACAGAGCCGCUGCGAGGCAGCGGCGGCAACGCGCGGCGGCGGAGGCACCAUCGCCGGGCAGUCUCGGGGUGGCGUGGAGGGCCACUCGAGCUCUGCCGGCGGUGCGGUCGCCACGCACGGGCACGCGACGCGAGGAGGCGUCGCCGAGGGCGUCGACGAGGCGCUCGACGAGGCGCGGCCGCGGGCCGGGUCCUCUCGGAGCCGCGGAGGCGCCGCUGCAGGCGGCGGCGGCGAGAGCGAGGUCAGCAGGCAGAGCGGCUGUGGCGGUGAGGGCCAUGCGGGCUCUGCUGCCGGCUCGCUCGCCUCUCUCGAGGACGCGACGGCCGGGACAGCCGUCGCUGCAGCCGGCGGCACCGCGCCGCCUGACAAGCCGCGCCUGUGGACAGCGGCGAGCACCCGCUGCUGGGCGAGAGCAGCGGCUCAAGUCGGCGUCGAUGGCGCCGUCGCCGCAAGGCGUGAUCGAGAUCGCUUUGGCGGAGGCGCGAGCGACGCGGUGCACGACGAGAGGGCGGGCCUCGUCUCGGUGGGCGGCGGCGGGCCGCCUGGCAUGUCUCGGCUCGGCGCCGAGGCGCAGAGCCGCUGCGAGGCAGCGGCGGCAACGCGCGGCGACGGAGGCACCAUCGACGGGCAGUCUCGGGGUGGCGUGGAGGGCCACUCGAGCUCUGCCGGCGGUGCGGUCGCCACGAACGGGCACGCGACGCGAGGAGGCGUCGCCGAGGGCGUCGACGAGGCGCUCGACGAGGCGCGGCCGCGGGCCGGGUCCUCUCGGAGCCGCGGAGGCGCCGCUGCAGGCGGCGGCGGCCAGAGCGAGGUCAGCAGGCAGAGCGGCUGUAGCGGUGAGGGCCAUGCGGGCUCUGCUGCCGGCUCGCUCGCCUCUCUCGAGGACGCGACGGCCGGGACAGCCGUCGCUGCAGCCGGCGGCACCGCGCCGCCUGACGAGCCGCGUCCGUGGACAGCGGCGAGCACCCGCUGCUGGGCGAGAGCAGCGGCUCAAGUCGGCGUCGAUGGCGCCGUCGCCGCAAGGCGUGAUCGAGAUCGCUUUGGCGGAGGCGCGAGCGACGCGGUGCACGACGAGGGGGCGGGCCUCGUCUCGGUGGGCGGCGGCGGGCCGCCUGGCAUGUCUCGGCUCGGCGCCGAGGCACAGAGCCGCUGCGAGGCAGCGACGGCAAGGCGCGGCGACGAAAGCACCAUCGCCGGGCAGUCUCGGGGUGGCGUGGAGGGCCACUCGAGCUCUGCCGGCGGGGCGGCCGCCGCUCACGGGCACGCGACGCGAGGAGGCGUCGCCGAGGGCGUCGACGAGGCGCUCGACGAGGCGCGGCCGCGGGCCGGGUCCUCUCGGAGCCGCGGAGGCGCCGCUGCAGGCGGCGGCGGCGAGAGCGAGGUCAGCAGGCAGAGCGGCUGUGGCGCCGCGUCCGUGGACAGCGGCGAGCACCCGCUGCUGGGCGCGGUCAGCGGCAUGGAUGAGGCGACAGCCCUAUCGUCGGGCAGUUCCUGGAUGGGGGUCAACCGCACUGGAGCUUGGCCGGUGGCGCAGUCGCAGUGCAAGGACCUACGAUGGUGA